CUCGACGCAUCUCUGUCCGGGCGAAGCAUGUGCGUGUGGUGCUUCCAGUCGGCAUGAGCCAGUGCAGUUCUCAGUCCUCCAACACCUGGACGCCAUCCUCGCGGUGUCUCUAAGGACAUGCGGGACGAUGAUGACGCCACCUGCCGCCGAUGAUGACCUGGUGUCGGCGGGCGAAUGGCUGGAAUCGAACGCCGCCGUCGUCGAGCAGUGGCUUAAACGGCACGCCUCCACAGAGUUUCGUAGACGCGUCCAGGAAGCCGUUGCAGAUGCCAGACGCGUCUCCGUCGCUCCAGAUCUUUUCCAGCGAUGGCUGGUGCAUCCACCUGCAGUGCGGCCCAGACGCGACCUGGAGGCUAUGGAGGAGGACGAAUUGUUUAUGGAGUUGAUACGGGACGUCGCCAACGAGCUAGACAUUGACGUGCUGUGCCACAAGAUAUUGAGGAAUGUGAGCUUGUUGACAAGAGCCGACAGGGGGUCCUUGUUUCUCGCUAGGGGAGAUGGAGACGGCAAGUAUCUGGUGGCGAAGCUGUUUGAUGUUAGACAUGAUACCUCACUGGAGGAGGCCGUCAAAAUGGCAAAGGCCGAAGAAAUUAGGAUUCCCUUUGGGGUGGGCAUUGCGGGGACCGUCGCCAAAAAUAAAAUACUCAUCAACAUCACUGAUGCCUACAAUGAUCCGCGUUUCAGCAGCGACAUAGACCUUAAAACGGGCUACAAGACCAACUCGAUACUAUGCAUGCCUAUUUGCAAUUACGAAGGCGAAGUUAUUGGAGUCGCGCAAAUUAUUAACAAGACCAACGAUAGUCAGGAGUUUACUUCGCACGACGUCGAGGUUUUCAGGAGGUAUUUGACUUUCUGUGGGAUUGGAAUACAAAACGCCCAGCUAUUCCAAGUCUCGGUGCUGGAGUACAAGAGGAAUCAGAUUUUGCUAAACCUGGCACGUAGCAUUUUCGAAGAACAGAAUAAUUUAGAAUGUCUGGUGACGAAAAUAAUGAGAGAAGCGCAAGAUUUAUUAAAGUGCGAGAGAUGCGCCGUGUACUUAAUGGAUCUGGAUUGUGGAGAAGCGAAUCAUUUGGAACGGAUUUUAGAACGUCCGGGGAGAAUAAUUCGACGUCAUGCUCCUCUAAACCGUGUCGAAAGUGGAUCGGUGACGGCUGAAGACAUGAGAGUGAGUGGCUUAAAAACUCCUUGUUCUUUCACAACAAUUUUCGAAUUGAGAGAUGGAGGGAGUAAUACUUUGGUAUCUAGACCUUCUUCCUUCGAUUUGCAAUGUUCCACUUUGGCACAAAUUGCAAGUUAUGCCGCUUCCACCGGUCAAAUUCUCAAUAUCGGAGAUGUUAAAACGUGGCUUAGUGAACAACACAGUGAAGGCGAUGCCGAAUCGGCCAGAACCAUCCUCUGUAUGCCUAUACUCAACGGCCAAAGAAAUCUCAUAGGUGUUGCCCAGCUAAUAAAUAAGGAAAACGGCGCCCCGUUUACCGAAUGUGACGUUUCUUUGUUCGAAGCUUUUGCGAUUUUUUGCGGUUUGGGUAUUCAUAAUACCCAGAUGUACGAAAACGCUUGCAAGUUGAUGGCGAAGCAGAAAGUCGCUUUAGAAUGUCUUUCUUAUCACGCGACGGCAAGUAACGACGCUACGGAAAAACUGAUCAAAGAGGAUAUCCCUUCAGCUGAAACUUACAACUUGUAUAGCUUCACGUUCAUCGAUUUCGAACUUUCAGACGACGAUACUUGCAAAGCCACAAUACGGAUGUUUUUAGAAUGCAACUUGGUGCAACAAUUUCACAUUCCCUACGAGGUCUUGUGUCGUUGGAUCCUGAGCGUAAAAAAGAAUUAUCGUCCGGUGAAAUACCACAAUUGGAGACAUGCUCUAAACGUGGCCCAGACAAUGUUUGCCAUGUUCAAAACGGGAAAAAUGGAGCGAUUUAUGAGCGAUUUGGAAAUGUUGGGGCUUUUGGUCGCCUGUUUGUGUCAUGAUUUAGACCAUCGAGGUACAAAUAACGCUUUCCAAACCAAAACCGAGUCUCCACUUGCGAUUUUGUACUCUACCAGUACUAUGGAGCACCAUCACUUUGACCAGUGUGUCAUGAUUCUCAAUACCGACAGCAAUAAUAUAUUCCAAGCUUUAUCAACGGAGGACUACCGGAGGGUGAUGAAGCUCGUAGAAACUGCGAUUUUAUCGACUGAUCUCGCCAUGUACUUCAAAAAGAGGAACAAAUUUCUGGAACUGAUUGAAAACGGCGAAUUCGAUUGGCAAAGCGACGAUAAAAAGGACCUACUUUCCGGAAUGAUGAUGACUGCUUGCGAUGUGAGUGCGAUCGCAAAACCCUGGGAAGUGCAACAUCGAGUGGCGAAACUAGUCGCUGAUGAGUUUUUCGACCAGGGAGAUAUGGAAAAAAUGCAACUGAAAGAACAACCAAUCGCGAUGAUGGAUCGUGAAAGAAAAGACGAAUUGCCUCAGAUGCAAGUGGGAUUUAUCGACGUCAUUUGUUUACCGCUUUACCGAGUUUUAUCGGAAACGUUUCCUUGGGUUAAACCCUUGUAUCAAGGGACUUUGGAGAAUCGCAAGCAUUGGCAGGAUUUGGCCGAAAAAGUCGAAAUGGGCCUUACGUGGAUUGAUCACGAUACCAUUGAUAAACCGGUUGAAGCGUUCGCUGAUACAGAAGAGACCAAAGAUAUAGAAUUAACAGUUCAAACUCUACACACCGCUCCAGCAUGUCAGCAAUUGCCUCCUUUGGGACACAAAUUGAAACGUAAUAAACACAAGUUAUGUUGCAUAUUGUGACAUACCCCCCAUAAAGUGUCAUUAAUUAGUGUUUUCUUACACAUUGUCAUUGAUAUUCUAGAGAAAAAAAAAUGCUCAUAAUAUGUUACAUCAGGGAUGGUUUUUUUACAAACAACAAAAAAGAAAAGAGCAGAAUGGUGAUGCUUGAAUCCAAAAAAGACAUUUUGUAAUUAUAUUUGUAUCUAACAGCAAAUAAACUGUAUAUAGAAAAUAAAAAGUAAAUUUGGAAAACAUGAA